CUCACAAAUUAUUUACUUUUUCUUGGUUCGAUGAUGGCAGCCUCCUGCUUCGCAACUCCCUUAUCUUCUUCUUCUCGAUCAUCCUCCAAUGCCAUCCCAAAAUGCAAAGCUAUAAUCCCUUCGUGCUCUUACCUGAAAGCUUCUACCACCUCUUUCCACCUCUCUUCUCUGUCUCGCCACUGUGUAGCUCAACGACUACAAAUCAAGGUCUCUUCUUAUUCUUCAGAAUUAUCAGUUCUUGAUGAAGAGAAACAAGAAGAAGUUGAAGGAGAUGGGGAGACAGGUGAAGAAACCGAAGCUGAGCCAGUAGUGGUGAUGAAGAAACCGAGACCUUGCGAGCUGUACGUUUGUAAUAUCCCAAGAAGCUAUGACAUUGCUCAGCUUCUCGAAAUGUUUCAGCCUUUCGGAACUGUCAUCUCCGUUGAGAGUGGAGAGAGCCGUGGAAGUGGAUUUGUCACGAUGGGUUCUAUCAACUCUGCCAAAAACGCCAUUGCCUCUCUUGAUAUGAAGGAAGUAGGUGGUCGCGAGAUGCGGGUAAGGUACUCUGUUGAGAUGAAUCCAGGAACCAGGAGAAACUCAGCAGCCUUGAACUCAACUCCGAAGAAGAUUCUCAUGUACGAAAGCCAGUACAAGGUUUACGUCGGAAACCUCCCUUGGUCCACGCAGCCUGAUGAUUUGAGAGACCACUUCAGCAGUUUUGGCACAGUCGUGAGCGCGAGAGUGUUGCACGACCGCAAGACUGGGAAAAACAGAGUCUUUGCCUUUCUUUCGUUUGCAAACCUUGAAGAACGUGAUGCGGCUCUGUCACUCAAUGGAACAGAAUACGAAGGCCGCAGAAUCAUAGUCAGAGAAGGUAUCGAGAGGACCGAGUCUUAAAACCAAACAGUUCCGCUUUUGCUGCAAAAAAAAAAAAAAAAAACAUUUUCUUCAACGAGAGUAACCUUUUACAUCAUUCGCUCUGUUUUUGAAGUUCUUGUUACACUUUAGUGUAAUUUUCCAAACCGAUCCUGGCAUCUCAUUUAUGUAUGAUUUUCUUCUCCGACUCAUCUACUUUUACAAAUCAAGUGUCAUCGUCAGUCAAUCUCCACAGGCGUCUAGAUGCACUACUUCCUAAUUCUUGAUGUCCAUCGAAGUUUUACAAAUAUAAAGUUCGUAAUGAAACGUUGUAUGUAUGUGCUGUAAUGGGAUCCGAAUACAAGUCUGGAAUUUCAUUCA